AUGUUGUGCUACAAGAGGAGGUCGACUAGACCAUCAAAUUCAUCAUCAACAUCAUCACAAGCAACAACAUUAACAGCCACAAAGUCACCACCACAACCAAAGGCACCAGAGACAAAGGUGGAGAAUCAUCCACAAUUCCUGGUAGAGACAGCUAACCCUCGACCACCAGUACUGCUGACAACAGCCAUUACGGAUUCACUUGAUCGCUGGGGUAGGGUUGUCACUGCUCGAGCAUUGCUGGAUCAAGGAUCCGAGAUUUCACUGGUGUCGGAGGCUCUGGCAAAUAGACUAGGACUUAGUCGAACGUCAUCACGUCUUGCUGUGGUUGGCAUUGGCCAACAUACAAUGCAGGCAAGAGGUGCGAUUGACAUUAAGGUGAUAUCGAGAGUGUCACCAUAUAAAGGUCUAGUGAAGGCAUUGGUAAUGCCAAAACUAACAGGGUUAUUACCAUCAGUUGCGAUUCCCAAGCAAUUGCGAGACAGCUGGGCCCACAUAAAACAUCUUCAGCUUGCUGAUCCUGAGUUUUAUGUACCAGCUCCAAUUGAUGCUAUCUUUGGUGAUGUAAACAGCACAGUACUAAAAGAUGGUGUCAAAAAAUUUCCAGAGGGUCAACCAACCGCUCAGAGUACAGAGCUCGGUUCGGUUUUAUCUGGUAGUACCCUGAAUUUGGGAAAUAAUACCUCUCUCUGUACAGCAUCAAAAAAUUAUCAUCAAGGAGUUUCCUGUCAGAGAGAGGAAGAGUUGUACAACCUUGUCAAAAGAUUUUGGCUGCAAGAAGAGCAGUUUGACACUACAGAGUCAUCAGGAUUUUCUGAUCACAUCUGUAUGAGUUAUUUCAUAUCAAAUUACGAGAGAGAUACUCAUGGUCGUUUUGUGGUAAGGUAUCAAUUUAAAAAACCUGUAGACACUUUUGGUAACUCGUUUGAGUUAGCAUUGAGAAUGCUUCAUAACCAAGAAAAGAGAAUGGUCAAAAAUCCAACUCAUCAACAGGCAUAUUGUGAAUUCAUGACUGAGUAUGAAUCACAGGGUCACAUGGUAAAAGCAUCACCUGUUGAAGACCAUUCUAAGUGUUAUUAUUUACCACAUCACAGUGUCAUAAAAGAGUCGAGUACAUCAACAAAAUUGAGAGUUGUAUUCAAUGGUUCACAAAAAACAAAUACAGGGGAAUCAUUGAAUGACAACUUAUACGAGGGUCCAAAGUUAUUAAAUUCUCUGGUAUCAGUCCUGACACAGUGGAGAAAGUCACGUUUUGUCUUUUCUUGUGAUAUCAGGCAAAUGUUCAGGCAGAUCUUAAUACAUCCUGAGGAUCGAAAAUAUCAGAGAAUACUUUGGAGAGAUACACUCGACUCACCAGUUCAAGAGUAUGAGCUUACCACGGUAACUUAUGGUACCAAGCCAGCCCCAUUCCUGGCUUUGGCUACAUUGAGACAGCUUGAACUGGAAGAGGGAGAUAAGUUUCCACUUGUAAAGUCGGCAAUAUCACAAGGAUCAUAUAUGGAUGAUAUAUAUGUUGGUGCUGACAAUUUACAACAAGGAAUUGACAAGGCUGUACAAAUUCAAAAGAUGCUUCACUCUGGUGGUUUUGAAUUGCGAAAAUGGAUAAGCAAUUCAAAGGAGUUACUAUGCAAUAUCCCAAAGGAUUUCCACGAGAAAUCAACCAACUAUUUGAGUGAAGAUCAUGAGAUUUUCAGGACACUUGGGCUUAACUGGGAUACGACGUCUGACUGUUUUAGUUACAUUCCUAUAAGAUUCAAGGAGCCUAAAACAGUUACUAAAAGAGUCAUGUUAGCUCAAGUGGCUCAAAUUUUUGACCCACUUGGCUGGAUUUCCCCAGUAGUUGUAAGGGGUAAAUUAUACAUGCAGUCAUUGUGGAAAAUCAAACUUGAUUGGGAUGAGCAAAUUCCUGAGAAUUUAUUGGGUCCAUGGAGAGAUUUUAUCUCGCAACUGAGUCAUUUAUCAGAGAUAAAAAUACCACGGUGGUUGAAUAUCACACCAACAGUCACUUCAAUGGAGAUUCAUGGAUUUGGUGAUGCAUCUGAUGCAGCAAUUGGUGCUGUGGUUUACUUGGUGACUAUUGAUUCUCUUGGUGUUGCUAAGAGUACUAUAAUAGCAUCCAAGUCGAAACUUGCACCUAUCAAAUCAGACUCCAACAGCUCCAAUAAGAAGAAAUAUAAAGUUUCAACACCAAGAUUGGAGUUGUCAGCAGCAGUACUGUUGGUUAAAUUAGUGAGAGAUAUUGAACAGAGUUUGGAUUGUCAGUCAGCAAGCAUACACUUGUGGACUGACUCAUCCAUUACAUAUUACUGGAUAACUGGUGACGUUAAUCGUUGGAAAACAUUUGUCUAUAAUAGAGUGGUAUUCAUACAAAAUACAUUGACACAGGCAACCUGGGAUCACGUACCAGGUGAAGAUAAUCUAGCUGAUGUAGUAUCACGUGGUACAUCGUCAUCACAAUUAUAUACAGAUUUAUUGUGGUGGCAGGGUCCAGCUUGA